UUGAAUUUGAUCCCCGGACAGGUAACUCAAGUGAAGCCCAUUGUCGGCGCUGCAGGGCCUAUAUAAGCCACCUGGGCGGACGGCAGCCACCACUCGGCCCAACCUCCUUGCCCUGCUGCUCUGCUGCUGCUGCUGCAUCGACAACCGGCCCGCCCGACUCCUCACCAGGUAAAGAACAUGUCGCUGUCAUCGAUCCUUUCUGCCGACGCCAUCGCCAGUGCGAUCAAGGACUGUCAAGCGCCAGAGUCCUUCUGCCCCAAGAAGUUCUUUCAGGUGUGCGGCCUGGCCAAGAAGAGCCCCCAAGAUGUGAAGAAGGUCUUCGGCAUCCUGGACAACGACGGGAGCGGCUACAUCGAGGAGGAGGAGCUCAAGUUUUUCCUCCAGAGGUUUUCUCCCGCCGCCCGGGUCUUGACGGAGAAGGAGACCAAGUCUUUCCUGAGCGCCGCCGAUGACGACAACGACGGCCGUAUUGGAGUCGAUGAGUUCCAAGCGAUGGUCCUGUCCUAAACACGAGGAGCCCUUUUCUCAGCUGUCCUUCAUUUUACACGGCGUCAAGAAUUUCCUUCAUUUAGCACCAUCAUCGUUUUUUUUCUUCGCUUUUGCCGUCAUGAUAUAAAUAAUGCCCAAAUAAAUGUCAAGGUCAUCUCAUACGCCCAUACAAAUAAACAUGUGAAAACCACAUA